UUUCAGUUGUGUGAAUAUGCGAGUGAGCCUUAUUGACAAUAAAAUGCCUAAAAGAAAGACACAAUUGUCACAAAAUAUGUCCAUGUCAAGGGCAAGCAAAUUAUGAAUAUAAAUAAAUGUGUAUAAAGAAAGUUUGUUUCUUACUUUAACAUAAGCUCAGAAUAUACUAAACAAAUUUUUAAAAAUUUUUUCACCAUUGGAAAGCUUAUUAUUUUCUAUUGUACAUAAGCUAGCACAACAAAGUUAUUCUCUGCCACUCUAAAGGAAACAUUUACUACCCUAUAAUGAGGACAAUUCAACCCACUCUGAGUUCCUGGAUAACAUUGGGCAUUUUCUCUAGUACUCAGAUAUGUUUUGUAGACAUUAAAAAUUUGAAGACCAUUAGUCUAAAGUAAUGGUUUCAAUCUAGGCCCUAUUGUUUCCCAGUGGGCUGUGGGAAAAUGAUAAAUUACAGGGAUCAUAGUAUUUUGUUAGAAGACAUACGAAAUUAACAGCUAGUUUAUGAUUAACAACCAUACUCCUCACAUUUCACUGUGUGAAUAGCAUCAUCAUAAAUAUUGGAAGUUGCAAUGGUUUGCUUAUUAUUAUUUACCUGUGUAUUUACUAGAACUGAAAUGCAAGAGUAAAUUUUACCAAUAUUUUGGCAACAUUAAAUGCAGCAUUGGAGUCUCUGGACAUCAUAAAUUUGUUUACUGACACACAUUCAUUCACAUGUUUUUUUCCUUUCUACUUUCUAUUAAUUAAAUAUACUACAAAAUAGUAAAAUAUGUUUAUUCACUAAUAAUGGCUACGAGGGGAAUUACUAACAUAAAUUAUAGAGAGUUAUUAACAAAAAAAUUAGGAAAACUUUUGGAUCCAUUCAUCAUUCAGAAAUAAUGUAUUCUUGUUUCCCUAUAUUGAACAAUAAUGAUUUUAAAUUACCAAAGUUUCAAUAAUUAGAUUAUGAGUAUUGAUUAGAUAUUCUACACAGUGAAGAUUUAUCCCUUUUUAAACUGAAUCAUGCUUUCCAGGAAUAGCAGCAUGUCAGAUAGUCUCUAAUAUUCUGUCAUUAAAUGACAGGCAUUUUAGUAGUUACAUCUGCCUGGUAAUUAUAGAGGCAUCUGGUUAUCAUCUUGUGUUUCGAAGUUGUUUUGUACUAUUUUGUAUAGAAGACUGACUCAAUGGUUAGAAGUUAAAAAUAUAUUGCAUGAAAAUCAGGCAGGAUUCCGGGCUAGUUAUUCCACAUUGGAUAACAUUUUUGUUUUGUACACGGUUAUUCAGAAAAGUUUUUUACGAAAACGUAGGAAGAUAUACGCAUUUUUUGUUGAUUUAUCGUCUGCGUUUGACAGAGUCUGUAGGAAUUUGUUAUGGUCAAAGAUGUUGCGUUAUGGUUUUAGUUAUAAAUUUAUAUCUUUACUUGUUGCUUUGUACGAAAAUUCUUCGCUUAUGGUAAGAGCUGGAGGUAAUUGCUCGCCAGUAAUGUUUUCUAAGACUGGUGUUAAGCAAGGCUGUAUUUUGAGCCCAAUCUUGUUUAGUAUUUUUUUGAACGAUCUCUUUGAUAUUAUUAACUCUUCUGGUGAUGGCAUAGAAAUAGAUGGUGUCCAAAUUAAAAUACUAGCUUAUGCAGAUGAUAUUGUAAUUUUAUCUGAUUCUGUGGUUGGUCUUCAAAGAUUGAUUGAUAAAUUGGCAAUUUAUUUAGACGAAAAUGGUUUGAAAUUGAAUUUGAAUAAGUCUAAGAUUGUUGUUUUUCGAAGAGGAGGUAAGAGUGCAAGGGCGGAUAAAUGGUGGUUUAAAGGUUCUCCAAUUCAAGUUGUCUCUAAUUACAAAUACUUGGGUGUUACAUUUUCGUCUAAUGGUUUAUUCCGUAUGCAUUACAUUAAUAAGAGAACUCAUGCUAGAUUAUUGAUAAAUAAAAUUAUUCAGUUAGGGAGGUCUGCCAAAUUACGUAAUCUAACUGAUUAUUUACGUUUAUUGAAAACUGUGGUGUUGCCCUCUUUAUUAUAUGCUUCAGAGAUUUGGGGUUUUAACAUGACCAAUGGUGAUGGUAUACAGAUUGAAUUCAUUAAAAACUUAUUUUAUUUACCACGUUGUACACCAGGUUAUUUAAUUAUGAUGGAAUGUGCCUUGACUCCUAUAAAAUUUAUAAUAUUUAGUAAGAUAAGAAAUUGGAUUACUAGAAUUUUUAAUCUUGAUGACUAUCGUCUGAGUAAGGUUUGCUUGAAAUUUAUACUUGGUAAAAAGUCUAUUGACUGGACACGUUAUUUUAUUGAUACUUGUAAUAAUCAUGGUAUUAAUCUUAUUAAUGAUGAUUUGAAUUUAAUGGACUGGUCUCUUCUCCUUGUUAACAUUUUUGAUAAUUUUUUAUAUAAUAUUAAUGAAAAAAUAAAUAAUAGCGUAUAUAAUUGUUGGUAUAAGGAUUUAAAUGUUACUUUUUUUGAUAAUUCUUUAUAUAAUCAAGACGUUUCCCUUAAUAUUUUGUCUUUAUUUAUACAGGCUAGGUGUAAUUCACUAAAUUUUUUAAAUAAUUAUUCGAGAGAAUCAUGUGACUUUUGUGUUGAGAAAGAAAUUGUGGAUGCUUGGCAUAUUUUGGCUAAAUGUAAGCGUCUUAAAGUGUUACGAGCAGAAAUUUUCGGUUGUGAAGUUCUUACCAGGGGGCGUGAUUCCUCUGCUAUAAAUUUAGCCUUGUUGCUGGUGUUGUUUGGGAGCAUCUGUCACUGCUGUAUCUUCGUUAUUAACUUAUUUCUUUCUUAUAGGUAAGCAAUUUGCUUAUUUUUGGUUUUUAUUUUAUUUAUUGGUUUUUUGUAUUUUAUUGACAGAUGCUCCCAAACUUUAACUAAUUAUUAUAUUUGAUUUUUUAAUAUUUAAUUUAUAUCUAAAUUGUUAUGUAUUUAAUUUAUUAUUGUAUAAUCUGUUUGUGAUCUUAUGAUCAUUGUAUUUGUGUUUUUGUUCUUUGGGAGAUGGUUUUGCUCCCCGCAUCAAGGAGUGUAUCCAGUAUGCGUAAUAAAAUAAAUAAAAAAUAUAGUAGUUACACCUUCAGGAGUUUCUGGAAAUUUUUUUUAAAAAAUCAACUAUUUCACCAGUUUUUAAUUUUUCCACCACUUCAAAUUAUUUAUUGCCACCAACUUUACUUACUAAUUAAUGCAAAUACUGGUACUCUUAUCAGUUUGGAGUCUGGAAAGCAAAAGUAACAUGUUAAGCUGUCAUUUGUUAGAAGUAAAAAAUAAUUCCUGAUGAAUAAUUCUGAAUAACAAAUUUGAUCAUAAUGUUUAAACAGUAUUUCACAUAUUCUGUCAUGUCAAAAUUUUUGUUUUAGUCUACUGAAAAAAGGUCAAAAGUGAAAAAAAAAACUAUUAUCCCAAAAAAUUCCACAAAUUUUCUGUCGGUCAUUAAAAAAUCUCCAAUCUGGAAUUGCUGGGGGGGAGCAUAGCGUAAAACUGUCUUCAAUAACUUCCUACUUUCCCACUCGAAUUUGCAAUAUGACAUCAUGAAAUCACCAGGUGUGUGGAGCACUGGACUCCCAUCACACAGGAUUCAACAUUCUGCUGUUUUUCCUGAAGCAUGCUUUGUGAUUCAAUUUCAUGCUUUAUGUCAAAAUAAGCAAACAAGGUUUUUAUUGCCAUUUUAAUAAAAAAUGUUGCCAAUGGCAAUUUUGGCUCUAUGCAGCAUGACUCCUGCAUCUAGAACAGAGUUCUGCCUCUUCUAAUCACCUUCCAAUCCUGGCAAUAGUGCACCUUGCUAGUAUAUAUCACAGAAAGGGCAUUUGUUUAUCAC